AUGGCCUAUCGUAAAAAGAGUCUCAUGAUCCACCCCGAUAAAGUCAAGCAUGAAGGAGCUCAAGACGCCUUUGGACUUUUAAAGAAAGCUGAAUCAGAACUGACAGACGAGACACGUCUCAAGUUUCUUUUGACGGUCAUUGAAGAAGCACGCGUGGAAGUCUUGCGUGACAAUGGACAUAAAGUUAAAACCGAAGUCAUUAUUAAUGCACCCACCAUGACACAAGAAGCGGAUGGACCACGCUUAAAGGCUUCAUUGGACUCAUACACGGUGGUAGACGAAAAGGAAUAUCCUUAUUUGCAAACACCCAUUGGUCAAACACAGGUCAAGGAAAAGAUGAAGGAAAUCCUAAUUGAAAUGGAAUUACGUAAGCGUCGACAAAUGAAAAAGGAGAUGGAAGCAGAGGGAGCCGAAAAGCGAAAAGCAGAGCAAGUGGUGACUGAUCGAAAGAGAAAGGCAGAAGAUGCUAAACAAUGGGAAGCCUCUCGUGAUACACGCGUGAAUAGUUGGCGUGACUUUCAAAAAAAGGGUGGUAAAAAAGUGAAAAAGAUUCGCAAGUCUGGAUUAUGA